GAUGAAAACAGAAAAAGCUGUUAGUAUUUGGAUAUGGUCAUUGUACGUGAUAGCACUUAUUGCAAUGAUAUUAGCGUGUUGCAUCAACAAUACUACUUUUCGCCUUAUAAUGGCAUACAUUUUUUCAUCCCUUCACAUUAUAGGGUCACAUGUAAUUUUUGCACUUAUUUCUAAUCAUUGGAAUGGAUUUGCUACAACAGGCACUGGGAUGGCAUCAUCGAUCAUUUUUUUUAUCGGAAAGCGUCUUUUAUUUAUAGAUACUAAUAGUUAAAAUUUGGAUAGAUUAUUUUAUUUUACUACUUUCUUAUAUAGACAUAAAUAAAUUAAUAGCUGUUUGAACUUCGAUUGGUU